AUGCAAGUUGGACCUGAAGCAAACUAUCCGCCACCGGUGAAAAGCAAUCUGACAAGGAAUGUAGCAAUUGUUGUGCUAAUUAUCGCAACGAUUCUGGCAUUAGCAUUGACAGCUAGUAUAGCACUUGUAUUUACAAUUGGUAAACCGACUAAUAAUAAUAAUGGAAAUCAAUUAUCAACAGUAUCUCUUGCCGAACCAUGCGAAUGUGGCUGUCCUGCUAUUAGUCCGCAAAUAACGACAAGAAUUGUUAAUGGUGAAGCAGCUGUUCCAAAUUCAUGGCCAUGGCAAUUAUUACUCGUCGAUUUUAGUAGCCAAGGAAUUCCUCUAUCAUAUUGUGGAGCAAGUUUAAUAACUCCUCAACAUGUUUUAACUGCUGCUCAUUGCGUCUUCGGUUGGUCACCUCGAUAUGUUGGUGUUCUAUCUCGUGUUCAUGAAUUCAAUAUUAGUUCAUGGUCGCCACAAGUCGCACAUAUGGCUGAACGUAUCUAUGUUCAUGAGAGUUAUGAUGAUGCAACGCUGAACGAUGAUGUGGCGGUGAUUCGUUUGAAAACACCAGUUGUCUUAGACGAUCGUUUGAAUUUAAUUUGUCUUGCAACUAGUGAUACUAGUAGUCAACCAUUGGUUGAAGGUGAUAAUCUUGUUGCAACAGGUUGGGGCGCAAUGGAAAGUGCUAAUCGUACACGACCAAGUGUUUUACAACAAGUUCGUUUACAAUUUGUGCCGCAAAGACAUUCUUUAUGUCAGCCAUUAGUAAGUUUUAAUGGUAGUUAUCGACCAGGACAAAUGUGUGCCGGUUUUCCACCGAAAUCAGUAUGUUUCGGUGAUAGUGGUGGCCCACUGAUACGUUCGAUCACUCAUCCCAAUGGUAAAACUUAUUGGCAACAGGUCGGUAUUAUGUCCGGAACAGUUGAUUGUGGUUAUCAAACAAAUUAUCCUGAUGUUUAUGCUCGAGUUAGCAGCUAUUAUCCAUGGAUUCUGGAUAAAAUUAGUAUUUCGUCUUAA